AUGAAUAACUAAGAUCAGCCAGAGGAGAAUACCCAAAACUUUAGUUCCUUUUAUGGAAUUCAGACACCUAAGGAAUCCUUAGAUACCUUUGAGAGUAUAGAUGACAAUCCAAAAAGUAAUCCGAUGAAUUUAAAUUUUGAAGAUCUCAAUGAACAUGAUCGGAAGUUUGUGAAUUAAAAGGAAGAGGAAGAGAAUAAAUAGCAUAAUUAGUCAAACACUGAAAUGAAUUAGAGAUCAAGCCAGGGAUCAAUGCUAGAGUUGGCUGAUAACGAACUUGAUGGGAAUCCACAGUAGUGGUUAUUUGGAGAUGGUAUGGUAAUGCUGCAAGAUAUGAAAGAAAAAGGAAAAGUAAAGCUGAAAGCUUUUAUCGGACACAUCAAGAAGGCGCCUCACUUUAUUGUAGACAACGAGUACAUUUAAAGGGGCUACAGGAUUAACUUUAACAGUAAAAAGAGAAUAUGCAAGUCCUUGUUUAUGCUGCACAACGAAUCAGUUAAUGUUUGGAGUCACUUGCUUGGAGUGGGCUGUUUCAUUGGUCUGCUGAUUUAUACGAUUAUCACCUUAAGUCCACUGGCUAAUUACUUUUCAAGUUCAACAUCUGUUCCUGACAGAGAAGUUUUGGUUAACUAAGCUUCUUUUAUAAUACCUCACUCGGAUAUUUCAAAACUUGAAGAUUUCGAAGAAAUAUGCUCCAAGUUCUUAAAAAUAUCUGUAUCAACUUAGGAAAUUGAUGAGGCUUAUGCUUUUUAACUGUGGGGCAAGGCUUGGAAAAAUGAAAUUAGAAUAAAGUUCUCAUUACAAAAAUUCAGAGUAGAACUUCUUAUGGCAUAUGGAAGGAUAUAUGAUGGACUUAAUGCAUAUUUCAUCUUAAGUGCCUAACACCAUUAAAUUGAUUACUUGAAAUCGAUGUGUGACCUUAUGAUUAAGAAGGCUAAUUCCUGGAUAAAAAACGUAUAAGAACAGAUAGAGAAGCAUAAAGAUGCUACACUAUCAGAUUGGCUCGUGCUUGGACCUGUGAUAGAAGAUCCUCUAAAGGUAAAAUACUAUGUAUCAAAAGUCCCGCUGUUCCUUCAUAUUGCAGGGGCUAUUUCCUGUCUUGGAUGUUCAACAAUUUUCCACUUGUUUAAAGAUCACAGUCAAAAGACUUCAGAAUUCCUUGUAAGAUUAGACUAUGCUGGAAUCAGUCUCAUGAUUGCUGGAAGUAAUAUGCCUCCUCUUUACUACUCUUUUUAUUGCAAGCCAAUGCAUUUUUGGAGAAAUAUGUACAUGUCUCUGCAAAGCGUUUCCUGCUUACUUGUCUUCUUAGCUUCUCUAUGGCCUAAGUUUGACAAGGCUAGAUACAGAGUCUUAAGAGGAGUACUAUUUGUCAUUUUGGGGUUAGUAGCAGUGGCACCUUUCACUCACAUUAUCACCUUCAAUAAUUCUGAGUACUUGCCAACAUUUAACUCAUUCUUUUGGAUUCUUGGGGCUGGUCUUUACAUAGGAGGCGCAGUCAUCUAUAUGCUUAGAGUGCCUGAAAGAUGGUUCCCAAACAAAUUUGAUUUCUUUUGUUUCCAUAACAGGCAAUAUUCCCCAUGUCCUAAUGAAUUUAUCGACAAUAUUGAAUGA